CCAGAUAAAUGCUGAGUGGUUGCGUCGCUGUUCUGAAAAGUAUAGACUUAUGUGGGGCCGGACAUGGCCCCGGACAUGGCCCCCCUGGAAAUAGGACUGGUUGUAUUUGGAUUCAUUCUUUUCCUUGUCCUUUGGAUCAUGCAUUUCAUGUCCAUAAUCUACGUCCGCCUGCAUAUCAACAGGAAGAGCGCUGAGAAGCAGGCGUACAGUAAGCUUGCAGGAGUCUCUCUGCUCAAACCACUGAAGGGGGUCGAUCCCAACCUCGUCAGCAACCUGGAGACGUUCUUCGAGCUCGACUACCCCAAGUAUGAAAUCCUCUUCUGUGUCCAAGACCAUGAUGAUCCAGCUGUUGACGUCUGUAAAAAACUACUUGGAAAGUAUCCUGACAGGGAUGCCAAGUUGUUUGUCGGAGGAAAGAAAGUUGGCAUCAAUCCCAAAAUAAACAACCUGAUGCCAGGAUACGAAGGGGCCAAGUAUGACCUGGUCUGGAUCUGCGACAGUGGCAUUCGCGUUAAGCCAGACACCCUCACUGAUAUGGCCAAUCAGAUGACGGAGAAGGUGGGGCUUGUGCACGGUCUCCCGUAUGUGGCAGACAGGCCAGGCUUCGCUGCUGCUUUAGAACAGGUGUACUUUGGAACAGCCCACCCACGGUCCUACAUCUCGGCCAACAUGACCGGGUUCAAGUGCGUCACAGGCAUGUCCUGCCUGAUGAGGAAACGAGUCCUCCACCAAGCCGGCGGGCUCAUCGCCUUCGCCCGGUACAUCGCUGAAGAUUACUUCAUAGCCAAGGCCAUUUCCGACAGGGGAUGGAAAUUCUCCAUGGCAACACAGGUAGCUAUGCAGAACUCCGGAUCGUACUCAAUCUCACAGUUCCAGUCUCGCAUGAUCAGGUGGGCCAAGCUGCGGGUCAGCAUGGUGCCGGGCACCGUCUGCGAGCCUGUCUCCGAGUGCUUCCUGGCCAGCCUCAUCAUCAGCUGGGCGGCCCACCUCCUGUUCCGCUGGAACGUCAUGGUGUUCUUCCUGUGCCACUGCCUGGCCUGGUUCAUCUCCGACUACAUUCAGCUACGAGGGGUCCAGGGUGGACCCCCGUGCUUCUCCAAGCUGGACUACGCCGUAGCCUGGUUCAUCAGGGAGUCCAUGAGCAUACAGAUCUUCCUGUUGGCGCUGUGGGAUCCCACGAUAAGCUGGAGGACUGGCAGGUACCGACUGCGUUGCGGUGGUACUGCCGACGAAAUCUUGGACGUAUAACCUGAAGGGGCCAAAGACUCGAGGCAAAGAGGAAGCCGCAGAAAUGGCAAAUGCGAUGAAGCAGAGCUAGAGACAAGACAUUGCACUUUGUGGGGCAGCCGGUAGCGUAGUGGUUAAGGUAAAUGACUGGGACCCGCAAAGUCGGGGGUUCGAUUCCAGGUGUAGCCACAAUAAGAUGCACACAGCCGUUGGGCCUUGAGAAAGGCCUUUAACCCUGCAUUGCUCCAGGGGAGGAUUGUCUCCUGCUUAGUCUAAUCGCGUGCACGUCGCUCUGGAUAAGAGCAUCUGUCUAAUGCCAUUGAUGUAAUGUAACAUAAUGCAUUCGGAGGCAAAAAAGUAUGACAUUUCCAAAGUGCAUUAACGGAAAAAUACAACCUCAGAUUUUAAGAUUUUCUUUUUUAAAUAACUGCACUUUUUUUCUGCCCGCAGUAUACAGCUACCCUGUUUUCUGUUCCUCGUUAUACCAAAAUCGGUUAUUAUAACAAAAUGAGCGUCCCUCUGGAUGAAUCUUGUAGUUGUAGCGGUGUAUACAAAAUAAUGGAAACAUAAUUAUGUUGCAUUAAUAUGAUUUUCAUGGUUAAUUUACACAUGGCCUGUUAUUACAUUCUCUACUGUGGUUUCAUGUUCCCUGGGAAUGUAUUUUCUUGAUAAUUCAUGAAUUUGCCUUCCAAUUAUUCUGAUGUUCCAAUAUAGAAAGCAACAUUGUAGAAUGAUUGGCUUGCAUUGGAAAGUUAUUGUUAUUUAAGAUUUUUUGCAACAGUUUACACGUGCAUCUCAAAAAAUUAGAAUAUUGUGGAAAAGUUUUCACUUAAAUGAACAUACAUUUCAGAAGGUCGAGAUUUCUGUCUUAUGAAUCCUUUUUUUUAUUGGUUUUAUGCAAUAUUAUAAUAUUUUGAGGUACUGGAUUUUUGAGUUUCAUGAGCUGUACACUGUAAUCCAGAUUAAAACAAAAAAAGGUUUGAAAUAUUUUUCUGUUACAUGUAAUGAAUCUAGAAUAUAAAAGUAAAAAAUUGAGUGUUACAGAAUGCCAUGUGAAUGCCAAAGGUAUUGUGGUUUUCAUUGAACAGUGUUUCUGAUCUUUUUCUAUGAACAACAGUGUUUUUCAACAGACACACAUUUCUGGGCCAGGUUUGGAAGGGUCUUUCCACAUAGGAAGCUUUUUACCAGCCAAGUUGGGCUGAACAGCCCGUUGCCGUCAAACCCUUUUUUAUGUUUGUUUAAUAAAUAGUUCAGGUGUGAAUCACCACUGUGUUUGUUUGUGGAUGAAAAUAUUAAACAAUUCAGCCUUUUGCUUUUGAUUCUUGUAACUUGCAGUACAUUUGACUUUUUUGAAAGUACAUUUUUUUUAACAGGACUGUACAUUUCUUUUCUAAAUUGCGGUCUUUUGCCUUCCUUGCCAUUUUGCUUAGCAAAGUUUUGUUAAAGAAAAUGCACUGCUGCUGCAAUUAGACCCCUGUGUUAGGACAAAUGUAUGUGAAUGUUUCUGUUUGUAUGCACAUCUGGGUAUAAAUGUGCCAUGGUGGUGUCCCAUGAGCAGUAUAAUUAUUGCCUCAUUUAUCAUCCCAAUAAAAUGUGAUUCUUUGUGAUG